AUGCACAUCUCUCAGAAACUCGCCCAGGCGCGGGAGGAGGGAAAGCCAACCUUCUCCUUCGAAUUCUUCCCGCCCAAGACAGCGCAGGGAGUCCAAAACCUCUACGACCGCAUGGACCGCAUGCAUGGCUUCGGUCCACAGUUCAUCGAUCUCACCUGGGGCGCCGGUGGCCGCCACUCCAAGCUGACCUGCGAGAUGGUCAAGGUCGCACAAUCCGUCUACGGCCUCGAAACCUGCAUGCACCUCACGUGCACCGACAUGGAAAAGUCCAAGCUCGACGACGCCCUCCGCGAUGCAUACAACGCCGGCUGCACCAACAUCCUCGCGCUGAGGGGAGACCCGCCGCGUGAGAGAGAAAAGUGGGAGGCGACGGCAGGUGGCUUCCGCUAUGCCAAGGACCUCGUCGUAUACAUCAAGGAGAAGUAUGGAAACCAUUUCGACAUUGGUGUGGCCGGAUACUCCGAAGGAAGCGACGACAAUGACAACGUCGAUGAGCUCAUCGACCAUCUCAAGGAGAAGGUGGACGCCGGAGGAACUUUCAUUGUCACACAGAUGUUCUACGAUACCGAUCUCUUCCUCGAGUGGGUCAGGAAGGUUCGUGCCAAGGGCAUCGACGUUCCCAUCAUUCCUGGUAUUAUGCCGAUCCACACAUACGCGGCAUUUUUACGUCGAGCUCAAUGGACAAAGUGCAACAUUCCCAAGAACUGGACUGAGGCGCUGGAGCCUGUCAAGAACGAUGACGUGGAAGUCCGUGAAGUUGGCAAGACUCUGGUCGCAGACAUGUGCCGGCGGCUGAUCGAUGCUGGCAUCAUACAUCUGCACUUCUACACCAUGAACCUCGCACAAGCCACCCGCAUGGUCCUCGAAGAACUAGACCUCCUACCAGACCCCGAGUCACCGCUAGAGAAGCCCCUGCCAUGGCGGCCUUCCCUGGCCCUCAACCGACGCGACGAGAAUGUCCGACCCAUCUUCUGGCGCAACCGCAACCGAUCGUACAUCGCACGCACACAAGACUGGGACGAGUUCCCGAACGGUCGCUGGGGAGAUUCUCGCUCGCCUGCGUUCGGUGAAUUGGACUCAUAUGGCAUCGGUCUGAAGGGAACCAAUGAGCAGAACAUCAAGCUAUGGGGCACACCAAUGUCGAUUAGGGAUCUGUCCGAACUCUUCGUACGCUAUAUGGAGGGAAAGCUCGACUCAUUGCCGUGGAGUGAACAGCCCAUCACGACUGAAGCUGGAUCCAUCACUGAUGAUCUCAUCGACCUGAACCGUCGUGGUUUCCUGACCAUCAACUCCCAGCCUGCUGUCAACGGAGCCAAGUCUUCGGACCCUGUCUUUGGUUGGGGUCCACGCAAUGGUUACGUCUACCAGAAGGCAUACCUGGAAGUGUUUGUCUCUCCAGAGCACAUUUCGGAGAUCAUCACACGUCUCGAGCGCGACCCUGAGUUCACAUACUACGCGGUCAACAAGGAUGGCGACUUGAAGACGAACGCUCCCAACGAGGGACCCAAUGCUGUUACUUGGGGUGUCUUCCCAGGCAAGGAGAUUGUGCAGCCAACCAUUGUCGAAACAGUCAGCUUCCUCGCCUGGAAGGACGAGUUCUACCGUCUCGGACAGCAGUGGGCCAACUGCCAUGCUGGUGUCAGCCCUUCACGUUACGUGAUCCAGGAUGUUGUAGACACCUGGUACCUACUCAACAUUGUUCAUAACGACUUCCACGCUACCCGCGGCAUCUUCCCCAUCUUCGACGGACUAGAAGUCAAGGACAUGGACAAGCCCCUGGUCGAUCCCAACAACGUUGACGUUCCCGGCACAAACGGAGAGGAAGCAGCAAAGCCAGUCAACGGCGAAAGCAACGUGAACGGCACAAACGGCGAGAAAGCUGGACCUCGCAAGGAAGAGAACCCAAGUCUCAUCGACGCUGCCAAGGCAGCCGCUGUCGAGGUCACCAAUGGCAUGAGAAGCCUAGCAAUGUCCAACUAG